AUGGGAAAAUUGUUACUAGUAGGUGCAUUGGUGGUCAUGGCAUGGCACGUCACUAAAUCGUCACCAAUUUGUCGAUCCUGCACCAAACACUGCUACCAAAACUCUACGAGCAUAAAUAGUACGGACACGAUGGACCUACUCGAAGAGGUCCAGCAGAUGAAUCACCGACGGAAACGAGAAGCCGAGGUCGAGUUUCGGGCGUGCACUCGAUUCCAGGUCGAGAUGUUGCUCAUUCCGCUCUCGAUCGCCAUGAUUCCGAUCAUACUCUGUGCUCUCAUCAUGUGUACCUGUUGCUGUGGGCCGAAAGACUCUCGAGGAAAACUGCCCGACGAUUUUCUUUCUUCGUUCCCAAUGUCAAAGAAACGAAGUCAAAUGAACUCAGAAGAUAUGGAAUUGGAGUUCCGUGACGGAUACGUACAACGGAAGGAUUCUGCUCGGACAAAGUUCUCUACCGUAGUCUCCUAUAUCGAGGCACGACGGGAAAGUCAGUUUUCGGUACGAACUGACGGUGGUGCUUCGACGGGUAGCGAUACGAAGGAGGCCAAGGACCAGCAGAAGUCUGAUGGAGAUGCUCAAGUCACAGGUGGUGAGCCACUGCGGAAAACGUCAUCCAUCGACUCCGCGAAAAGGACACGAUUCAGUGAAACAGUUUCUGUGAUCAAUACCGAUUCGUUAUGUAGGCGGUAG